CGUCCGCGAGGCAGAAAAAAAAAACCGGUCCGUUUCGACCGUUGUCGGCAAGCACACGGACUUCAACAACUGCGCGAGACUAGCAGGUGUACUCCGACAAUUCACACCUGGGCGUCGGCCAGUGGGCAUCGCAGACCAAACCCAGCGCACACGGGACCUGGGCUCGAGUGGAACAUCGUCCCGCCUCCGGUGCCUGCCAGAGCCUCCGUUACGGACCACUAAGACAGCGUGAAAGAAAACCGUACGCAGAAUGCAGCUCAUGGUUUUCUGCCUGGUCGGGGCCUUCCUCACUGUGGCCUCGGCGCAAGACCACGUCAGGGUGAUAGCCGCAAGCAACGACUUCGCUUUCCGACUACUUCCGCUGCUGUCGAGUUCCCAGCGCGACAACGUCUUCUUUUCACCAUACAGCGUGACCACCGCCCUGGCCAUGGUUUACGCUGGCACCGACGGCAUGACACAGCGCGAACUACACGAAUCCCUGAGCUACAACUUAGUAGGGAUCGAACCGGACAAAGUCCUGAGCGCGCACACCGAGCACAAUCGUCGCUUGCUCGUGCCGUCCAACUCAACGCUGAAGAUCGCGAACGCAGCGGUCCUGGACGACAAGCUCAACGCUCUGUCGGGCUACGUGAAAGCUCUGAAGAACGGCUUCGGGGCCGAGCUUCUCAAGGCCGACUUCACCGGAAACGGGCAAGCGGCCGUGGACGCCAUAAACUCGUGGGUGAACCAGAAGACGCAGCAGAAGAUCAGCACCUUGUUCGACAAACCGCUCUCCAAAGACACCAGACUGGUUGUCUUGAACGCCAUAUACUUCAAAGGAACCUGGCGCACGAAGUUCAACCAGUCGGAAACAGCGAAGGCCCCCUUCUACACGGGCGACGGCCGCUCGACCAGCGUCGACACCAUGCAGGGCACUGUCAAGGCGGGAUACGCCUACGCGAGGGAUAUCGGAGCCACUGUGCUGGAUCUGCCUUACAACGGCCUCGACUACAGCAUGACGAUACUGGUUCCCCGAAACGGGACUAAUGUCGAAGUGCUGAAGAGGGGCCUGAAUCUGGCGGCGUUUAGAAAUGCUCUGUCCCGGCUCCGCGAAAUCAAGAUUAAAGUUCACCUCCCUAGGUUUAGGCUGGAGGAGAAGUACGAGCUGAAGGAGGCUUUGGAGAGGUUGGGCAUCAAGAGGAUGUUCCAUGCUGGCGAGGCCGACCUGUCCCAAAUCAACGGAGGCAGGGACCUCUUCGUGGACAAGGUGUUGCACAAGGCUGUGGUGGAAGUCAACGAGGAAGGCAGCGAAGCGGCCGCCGUCACCGCUGUCAACGUCAACACGCGCUCCAGGCACAAUCCGAUCGUGUUCCGCGUCGACCACCCGUUCCUGUUCUUCAUCCGCAACACGCGGAUCGGAGAUAUCCUCUUCGUUGGACUAGUGAACAAAGUCGAAUGAGCGCCCGCCCAUGCUGGCACUAACUGCAACAGGGUUUCACGUUUACGAACUCGCUGUCCUUUCCAAGUUGUCGACACAUGUCAGUGUCCAUCCUGCGCUUUUUUUAUCGUUGCGCAGCGUUUCUUUAUACUCUACUCAAAUCUUUCUCGAUGUAUCUCAUAUGUCUCCGUACAGGACCUGUUUCAAGGCAGGAUGUUCACAUCCUACCUGCCUUUCCUUAUAGCUUUGCUAUCUCCGACAUUCUAGCGUAUCAAUUGUGAGCAUCCGAAGUAUCUUCUUGGAAUGAUGACAAUGCAAAGCGCAACAAAAUAGACGAGGUUAACAUUGGAAGAAAGGAACAUAAAAGCACGAACGUUCCCAUUAACGCUUUCGUUGUGCUGCUCUUACAGUUAAAAUAAUGAGCAGUAGUUAUUAGACUCAGCUCUCGAUACAGUAGAAUACGAACAACGCACAGGAAAGCGCCGAGUGAAGGCUAAUUGUGUGAGAUGGAAUGAGACAUUUGUCGUCAAGCUGUACUCGACGUUGAUAUCUCCUGUUUUAUCCACAAUGUAUUCUAUGCUUGCUAAGUUUUAUCAUUCACAUUCACUUUCAUACUAGAAAGCAAAUGUUCGCGACUGCUCUGCCAAGAAAGUGGAGCAGGUUUAGUCGCGUUCAGUCCAUCGUUUUAUUGAAUUGUACUUUGCUCUAAAAUGCGCAUGCUUCUGUCAGGCUGUCGCAUAUUAGAAGCAUCGUUAGACUUGAAUAUUGUAGUGAUGAAUGAGGACCAAUGUGGUUCGAACGUACUAGCUAAGGUGCUAUAGUUUGUAAUAUGUAUGUUAAGCUCUGAAUAGCGUGAAAAAGGAACCUAAAACAACCUGCAAAAGACUAAGAACGAAUCCAAAUUUUGGCGCUACUGUCCAUAUUAUUAGAGCUCUAUUCUAAAAUGUCCUCUUAUUUUAUUUUAUUCUAUAUGUGCUGUUAUUUGGUUCACACACUUUUUUUUCUAACAAAACACACAGCAUUUUUUCCUACAAUCAUGAAAUAGGAACCUCCUCGCCGUUAUGUUAUGUUUAGCGCAAAUGCACAAAUAGACAUGCUUACUUCAAAUAAAACUGAGUUCUGCCAAGCUAGGAACGUUUUGUGCCAGUUAACGCAGCGUAAGUUUGAGAGCGUAACUUCGAGUUUUCGUGUUGGUCAGAAUUCACGGUUUCAAGGACUUGUAUCGUAGUGUGCUCGUACUGUAUUACAUUUAUUAUUUUCCAACACGACACUUGUGCCCUUUUCUAUGCCGGAGAGCCAUAUCUAUCCAACUUUAGAAAGGAUGCCUUUUGUUAUGAUUACUUUGUGAUGACUACUGCUCUAGAAUGACGUAGCGGAAACGUGCAGAAAUUUUCUUGUUUUUUGUUCCCCCUUUUGCUCCUUUUCAAGUUUCUCUCCAUUUGCCAUACUGUAAGCCUGUGGUAUAAAAGUUCCUAACGCCGCCUUCCAACCACAAAGGACGCUGGCUUCCCAUAUAUGUAUGUUGUCUAUGCACAACUGUGCCAACAGGGUGUAUAACAUAUUUUUGUCGUGUCACUAAAAUUAAUGCGUACAUUUUUAUUGUUAUGAUAAGGUUUAGCAAACUGCACGAGGCCUGGUGCAGACUGCUCAUGCUAGUCUCUACUUAUUUCCUAUUUUUUAUGCUAUAUAUUCAAAUGGAAAAGAGAACGAGCAGUAAGACUUUCACUACUGUGAAGCCCGUUUCACAAGUUGCGAAUUUGACUUCGUUUUCGCACUUGCGAAUUCGCAGUUGCGGCAAAUGGGCCGUCCGACUCUUCGUGUGUGCGAUUUUUCGAUGUUCAGAGUGCUGAACUUCUCUGCGAAAACGCACAUGCGGCAAUUACGGAGAACAAAUCAGAACGUUGAUCGUAGACACGUCAGUGUGGCCUGCCUGCUUAAUUUUUGGUUUGAUAAAGUAACGCACUCGAACACAAACAAUUGUCACGAAAAGAGUUUCUAAGUUGUUUUACUUUGUUUUCACCGAAGCGAACUGACGCCAAGAAUAAUUGAGUCCUCCGCUAGGUGCUCGCAAAUGCGAAAAUCACAGAUGCCGCGCUCGGUGCAUGCAGCAAUGCGAAGUUUGCAUUUGCGGAAAUUGUAGCUGCGAAAAACGCAGUGCAAUAUCGCACCAUGUGAACCGGGCUUGAGUCAGUCGGGCCAGUGAAGCGAAGUUUUAUUUCUUUAGUUCUACAGCAUGAACAGGGUUAACGACAGUGGCAUCGACAAAGCCUGCCACGAAGAGUGAAAUCCAUGCACCCAAUGCAUAUGCAUAUACAGUCCACGCAUAUGCAUAGUGUUAGCUAGGUUUUUUUUUAUUAUCGCAGGAUGACCUCGAUUUUGGUUUUCGUGUAAACAAAAGCAAGCAUAUAAUAAUGACAAUAUUGAAGGUAUGUUGCUUCAUGGUUGCUGUACUUCCCUUCAUACUGACCUUUAUGUAACUCCGGUCAUUGCAACACGGAAACGUAACUCAUUGCUUGAAAGACUGGUUUCUCUAGAAAAAAUAAAUAAAUCAUGGAUGUAAUAGCUCUCAUGUAUAUGACUUCAUUGCGUUAGCCCUUCUGCAUACCCUUCAAAUGUGAUCGAAAUAUUAUUCGGACGUGCUUUGCUUCAAGUACGAGCAAUAAAGAGAUGACAAAUGCACUG